UCCUCCACCACCACCACAGAGGAAAUCCUGCAGGGCUGGGAAGUGGGGGAGGCAUCCUGGGCUGGUUUUGUGCCUGCAGAGAGGCAGCUGCGGAGGGUCUGCGCCUGAGGAAGGGCCACUAUUAUACAGAGGCUGCGUGGGGCAAAAGAUAAGCGGCAGAACGGGUCUAGUAUUGUAGUAGUCUGCCGAUGAAAUUUGAGCUGCUGAAGCCUUCAGAGUAAAUGCCCACAUUUGCACAUGCGCCCGCACAGCCCUCCAGCAUAUGGGAGGUCUUGCUAAAAGGCUGUUACUAAGGAUCACUCGGUAUGUCUGACAGGGACUACGAUUACCUUAUCAAGUUCCUAGCCCUUGGUGAUUCUGGGGUUGGAAAGACCAGUUUCCUUUACCAGUACACAGAUGGGAAAUUCAAUUCCAAAUUCAUCACAACUGUAGGCAUUGAUUUUCAGGAAAAAAGGCUGGUGUACCGACCUAACAGACCAGAUCAUGGGGUCAGCGGCCGAGGACAGAGAAUACAUCUUCAGUUGUGGGACACAGCAGGGCAGGAAAGGUUCCGCAGCUUGACCACCGCCUUCUUCAGGGACGCCAUAGGCUUCCUCCUGCUCUUUGACCUAACCAGCGAGCAAAGCUUCCUCAACGUCCGGAACUGGAUGAGCCAGCUGCAGACCCACGCCUACUGCCAGAGCCCCGACGUGGUGCUGUGCGGGAACAAGAGCGACCUGGAGGGGCAGCGCGUGGUGAAGGAGGACGAGGCCAAGCGCCUGGCAGGCAAAUACGGGGCGCCCUACUUCGAGACCAGCGCCGCCAACGGCGCCAACGUGGGCCCGGCCGUGGAGGCGCUGCUGGGGCUGCUGAUGGAGCGCAUGGAGCGGUGCGUGGACGGGCCCCGCGCCCGCCUCCCCGACGGCCCCGCCGAGGCGCCCCCGCAGCCCGACGGCGGCUGCGGCUGCUGAGGGCUCCGCCGCGGCCCUCCCGCCUCCGGCAGACGCGCAAUAAAGCAGUCCGUGGCCAGA